GGACUAGUUUCCUGGACGAUAGAGGGAGGAGCCUGGCAUUUCUGGAAGUCGGAGGAAUAGCCAGUCAAAGCCAGCCAGCAUCUGAGCCAGGGCUGGAACCGGAGCAACGGCGGACGAGGAGUCGGCUCCGCUGGAACACGAUUUCUGCUGGAAUCUCAAUAUUCACGAGACGGUUUAUGCAACGGGGCGCCGGUCGUCAUGAAGAUCACCCAUUUGGGCUCGGGAAGCUGAAGCGUGUUGCAGGCCGGCCACAUUACGUUUUCGGUGGGAUAGCGUUAAGCCGUGUGCGAUAACGCUGGGUGUGCACGGCGCGAUUACAGCGCGAGCCAACCGGUUAUUUCACCGACAGCUAGCUCACAAUAACGCUGCUAGCCCACCGUCUCCCAGAGACCCCGUUAGCGCGCAGCGGCGGGAGCAUCUUGGUCGGUGUGCGAAGUGCCAGCGGAUGCUGCCGAGGAAGCCGCGUACCUGGCGCUGAGCAGCGGCGAGAAACCGACCCGAGGCACGCAACGAGCGGUGUUUUUCUGCAAGUGACACGGGGAAUAUCCACGCCCCGGGGUCUGGACUGUGCUUACUGUUUAGCUAGCUCGCUGGCUAGCAAGCCUACCGGGGAAGUAGCUCGGGAGAAGGUGGGGCCGCGGAAUGACAGCCUUGGACGCCAGCUAAUGUGGUUAGCCGGCUAACGUUCGCUUGGACUCUCGCAGGGGCCGCUGGGUUUCCAGUAACCGACGCUGUUGGGGCUAAAUUGCCAGGAGCGCAUCGUCUAACGCGCCACUAGCCCCGUUUGGCGAGGCAUUCACGUUAGCACAGAUUCCCGCAGAACCCGUGUGGGUGGGAUAUCUGCCCGGGGAGCAUCCUCGUUUAUCCGAAUGACCAUGGCGGACGACGACGUUCUAUUUGAGGAUGUCUACGAGCUGUGCGAGGUGAUUGGGAAGGGUCCCUUCAGCGUCGUGAGGCGCUGUAUCAACAGGGACACGGGCCAGCAGUUUGCUGUCAAGAUCGUGGAUGUGGCCAGCUUCACCUCCAGCCCUGGCCUCAGCACAGAAGAUCUGAAGCGAGAGGCCAGUAUCUGCCACAUGCUGAAGCACCCUCACAUCGUGGAACUGCUGGAGACCUACAGCUCUGAUGGCAUGCUCUACAUGGUCUUUGAAUUUAUGGAUGGGGCCGACCUGUGUUUUGAAAUUGUGAAGAGAGCUGAUGCUGGGUUUGUGUACAGUGAAGCAGUGGCCAGUCACUACAUGAGGCAGAUUUUAGAGGCACUUCGGUACUGUCACGAUAACAAUGUGAUUCAUCGCGAUGUAAAGCCUCACUGUGUGCUGUUGGCCUCAAAGGAGAACUCUGCUCCAGUCAAGCUUGGGGGCUUUGGUGUGGCAAUACAGCUGGGAGAGUCUGGCUUAGUAGCUGGAGGGCGAGUAGGUACUCCUCAUUUCAUGGCCCCAGAAGUGGUGAAGAGGGAGCCGUAUGGCAAACCGGUGGAUGUGUGGGGAUGUGGCGUCAUCCUCUUCAUCCUCCUGUCCGGCUGCCUGCCUUUCUACGGUACCAAGGAGCGCCUGUUUGAGGCCAUCAUUAAGGGGAAAUACAAAAUGAACCCGCGCCAGUGGGCCCAUAUCUCUGAGAGUGCCAAGGACCUGGUGAGGCGCAUGCUGAUGCUGGACCCUGCCGAGAGGAUCACUGUCUACGAGGCCCUCAACCACCCCUGGCUAAAGGAGAGGGACAGGUAUGCCUACAAGAUCCACCUACCAGAAACGGUGGAACAACUGAGGAAGUUCAAUGCCAGGAGGAAGCUGAAGGGUGCAGUGCUGGCUGCAGUUUCCAGCCACAAGUUUAAUUCCUACUAUGGUGACCCACCUGAGGAGCUACAUGACUUUUCAGAUGACCCCACUUCCUCAGGACUGCUAGCUGCUGAAACAGGGGCAGUAUCACAGGUCCUGGACAGUCUAGAGGAAAUUCAUGCAUUGACUGACUGCAGUGAGAAAGACAUGGACUUCCUACACAGUGUCUUCCAAGACCAGCACCUCCACACCCUUUUAGAUCUUUAUGACAAAAUCAACACCAGGUCAUCCCCUCAGAUCAGAAAUCCCCCUAGUGAUGGUGUGCAGAGAGCCAAAGAGGUACUGGAAACCAUCUCUUGUUACCCAGAAAACAUGGAGGCCAAGGAGCUCAGGAGGAUCCUCACACAGCCACACUUCAUGGCUUUGCUGCAGACCCAUGAUGUGGUGGCUCAUGAGGUCUACAGCGAUGAGGCACUCAGGGUGACCCCCCCACCCACUUCACCUUACCUGAACGGAGACUCCCCAGACAGCACCAACGGAGACAUGGACCUGGAGAACGUCACCAGAGUUCGCCUGGUCCAGUUCCAGAAGAAUACUGAUGAGCCCAUGGGCAUUACUCUUAAAAUGAAUGACCUCAACCACUGUAUCGUGGCCCGCAUCAUGCAUGGUGGGAUGAUACAUCGACAAGGGACUCUGCAUGUAGGAGAUGAAAUCCGAGAGAUUAAUGGCAUCAGUGUUGCCAAUCAGACUGUAGAGCAGCUCCAGAAGAUGCUGAGAGAAAUGAGGGGUAGCAUCACCUUCAAAAUUGUGCCCAGUUACCGGUCCCAGUCCAUGUCUUGUGAGAAAGAGUCGCCUGAUUUAUCCCGACAGUCGCCUGCAAACGGUCACGCUAGUGUGACCAGCUCCAUUCUGGACCUGCCAUCAACCGUUCAGCCCAAAGGCCGUCAGAUCACCAGAGCUGCUAUCAAGGACAAAUUGUCCGUGAAGAUUUAUGUACGCGCUCAGUUUGAGUACGAUCCCUCCAAAGACGACCUCAUUCCAUGUAAGGAGGCUGGCAUUCAGUUCCGGGUUGGUGAUAUCAUUCAGAUCAUAUCGAAGGACGACCACAACUGGUGGCAGGGAAAGCUGGAGAACACCAAGAACGGUACAGCAGGCCUCAUCCCUUCACCUGAGCUACAGGAGUGGCGUGUGGCGUGUAUAGCGAUGGAGAAGACCAAACAGGAACAGCAGGCCAGUUGUACCUGGUUUGGCAAGAAGAAGAAACAGUACAAAGACAAGUACCUGGCCAAACACAAUGCAGUGUUUGACCAACUAGACCUAGUGACAUAUGAGGAAGUGGUGAAGGUGCCAUCUUUCAAGCGGAAAACAUUGGUUCUGCUUGGUGCUCAUGGAGUUGGGAGGAGGCACAUCAAGAACACGCUCAACAAACAUCCUGACCGCUUCGCCUACCCCAUUCCUCACACAACUCGGCCUCCUAAGAAGGAUGAGGAGAACGGAAAGAACUACUACUUUGUGACCCAUGAACAGAUGAUGCAGGACAUCAGCAACAACGACUACCUGGAGUAUGGCAGCCAUGAAGAUGCCAUGUAUGGCACCAGGCUGGAGACCAUCAGGCAGAUCCAUUCCCAGGGCAUGAUUUCCAUCCUGGAUGUCGAACCACAGGCACUAAAGAUCCUCAGGACAGCUGAGUUUGCGCCAUACGUCGUCUUCAUCGCAGCCCCCACUAUCACCCCUGGCCUGACUGAGGAUGACUCUCUUCAGCGACUCCAGAAGGAAUCAGAGAUGCUGCAGCAGACCUACUCCCAUUACUUCGACCAGACCAUCAUCAACAACGAGAUCGACGACACCAUACGACUGUUGGAGGAGGCGGUGGACCUGGUGUGCAACACUCCUCAGUGGGUUCCCGUCUCCUGGGUCUACUGACGGCAGCAAUUAAGCUCAUCUGAACAAUCCACGUGUGAUCGGCGCAAAUGCAACGCGUUGAUCAAACCCCCUUGAAUCACAUCGCUCAUCAGAGUCACAAUUCUGUAGAUAAACUGUUGCUGAAAAAGAGGGAAAAUAAGAAACUAAUGACUCUGUCACCUCACUACAGAGACGCCAUCCUGCCCCUUUUUUCUCAACAGCCUCAAAUGGCAUAUUGUGUACAUAUAUACAGUACAUAUAUAUAUAUAAAUGAUAAAACAAAGUGAAUAUGGUUCUGUCCUCAUAGUUGAGCAGAGGGGAGUGGAGGGGCAGUGUGGUAGAUAUUUUGUACUUUUCUUUUGUAAUUAAUGGAUGGUUGGUAAUAUUGGCAAGGCAAUAGUGAGCAUGACCAUAAAGCAAUCUUAAGUGGGUGCCUGUUUUGUGUGUGCGUGUGUAUGAGUGUGUGUGUGUGUUGACCUUUCCAAAAGGAGCUUAUUGUGGUACUCAUGUCCUCCUGUCAAACACCCCCUAGUCUCCUCGGCCUCUGUGACAAACAAGCCAAACUUUUCAAGCACAUUAGCAGCUGCUAUGGUGGCGACGAGUAACUCCCUCAGCUCCAGAUGCAAAUUUGAGUGAAGCAAAAAGCACAGCAAACUGUCCCCUUUUAUUUAUUUCACUGGCCUUCUCGUGCCUGUCGGGUUGUCGAAGGAGCACACUGCAUCCCCUCCACCUUGUCUCCCUGUGUUACUGUAGCAUGUUGUGACCCGCCUCCCUCCCCGACCUCGGAUAGUCUUUGUUUACAUAUCGGUUUGCACAAAAUGGACGAUGAAGAAGACAUGUAAUGCAUCCUGUUACCACGGUUUUGGUUUUGUCUUGCCUCCUCCGCCUGGCUGUCCCAACCCAUCGCCCUCCACAAAACGUCCCAACUCAGCGGUCCGUGGAUCUGGAAUACAAUAAGCUACGAGAAAGCACCAACAUCCACUGAGGCUCCUGAACUAGAAGAGGGAAAAAACAGUGGAAUGGAGAAAGAUAAACUGCCUUAUCAGAGCCUUGGGGAAAACGUCGGUAACACCUAUGCACACCCCUGGUUCGUGCCAGGCAGACCGCCACGACAACCUAUUUGUUUCUUGUUCAAAUCGAAUUGUUCAUAGGAAUGUGACCGUGGAAGAAAAAGGCCUAUGUAGGUGGGAGGAAUCUAAUCCUAGAGGCACCGGCUUGGAACUUUUAACUGUUGUCUUUAAAAAUAUAAGAAGUAUUCUUGUUUCCAGGGAGAGAAAAUAACAAAAUUGUGUGUAAAUGUUUCAAUGGUGCGUACGUCAUACGAGUGAAUUACCAAGAGCCAGUGUAUAUUAAUCCUUAAAAGAAGCUCGGUAUGUGACAUGAUCUCUUCAUGCUUUACCACAUGUGGAACAACGCACCCACACUAAACUCAGCAUGGUCAGUAAAGCACAUCAACGUACGCGUCCAAAUAACUGAGAGGAAACAAAGGAACCGUGUGGUGUGGUCGCUGCUGUGCCACGUCUGGUAAAGCGUUUCCAUUUGAAGUCCUGUGUAAAUUACCUCCGCAAAUGACAAAAGCAGCUCGUCUGUACGAAAUGUUCUUUUUUGUUAUUUCAUUUUUAAAAAAAAAUAUAUUUCCUUUUACGUGUUUAAAGUAAACUGCUUUGUCUUCCUUUUGAA